UAAAACAAUUUAUAAAUCUGGUACAAUUGGCAAGGUCAGUUUAAUCAUUUUUAUUAGAUACUAUUUAUACAGGAAAGUAAUGCGUCAAGGCCUGGAUUUAAAAAUUUAUUGAUGGGAAUGGUAAAGUUUGCCUUUAUUCAUCAUCAAUACACUUUUGCCAUCGAGAUUUUGAUGCGGUAUAGGCUAAAAUGGUGAUGUCUUUCAGCGACCUCCUCGUAAUGUUGUUCAAGGUCUCUAAAUAUAUUCCUUUCGCCCAUGUCGGAAGUCGAGACUGUAGACCGAGUGAAUGAGCAUAUUGUCGUGGUGAAGCCUCCAAGAAUCCUUGAUCUCAGCUUGAAGUGGUUGACUCUUUGUUACCGUACAGGAUGAAUAAGAAAAAUGCAUCCUUGAGGAUAAAAAAGUCACGCGAAAAGUUUCAGCUACUUAAAUUACUUGAACAUGGCUAAGCAAAUUUCAUUUGGUGUGUGGGACUAUGUGGUCAUAGCUAUAGUUUUAGCAAUCUCCUCAAUCAUAGGAAUUUAUUUUAGAUGUACCGGAGGCAAACAAAAAACUACAAAAGAGUUCUUACUUGCUGAUAAAAAUAUGUCUAUAACUCCUGUAGCAUUCUCUUUAAUGGCGUCAUUCAUGUCUGCAAUCACGUUGCUGGGAGUGUCAAGUGAAAACUAUUCAUUUGGUGUACAGUUUAUUGUUAUUAAUAUCUCCUACGGCAUUUUUACGUUUAUAGCCGCUUAUCUUUACCUACCAGUAUUCUUUAAAUUACAAGCAACUAGCGCUUAUGAGUAUGAAUUUUCAGUAUUUAGAAAAAAGGUUUGGGAAAACUGCAAGAUUGGCAGCGUCCUUGUCGUAUACUUUACAAAUGACUUUAUAUAUGGGAGUGGUUUUAUAUGCCCCUGCACUUGUGCUAGAAGCCCUUACUGGUAUUACAAAAAUAACCGCAAUUUUAUCAGUGUAGUUUGUACUUUUUACUCCACAUUAGGAGGAAUGAAGGCUGUUCUAAUAACGGACGUAUUCCAGUCUCUUCUCAUGUUUGUAGCGAUAUUCAGUGUCAUCAUCUAUGGAUGGAUAGACGAAGGAAGUUUGGCGGAAAUCUGGAGGAUAGCCGAAGAAUACAAUCGAACCACUCUCUCUAAUUUUGAUCCGGAUCCAACUGAGAGACAUUCCUGGUUUACUCUAAUCAUCGGUGGUGGAGUGACAUACCUAUCUCUCUAUGGCGUGAAUCAAACACAAGUUCAACGUUACCUGACAGUGAAAGACUUAAAAACUGCACAAAAGGCGUUGUGGUUGAACUGGCCUAUUUUAACUUGUCUUAGCUUGAGUACUUCAUUUUCGGGCUUAGUAAUUUUUUCAAGAUACUAUAACUGUGAUCCCAUUACAACUCAACAAAUCGGAUCUGCAGAUCAGCUUCUACCAUACUAUGUUGUGGAUACUAUGGGACAUAUACCAGGGUUAUCUGGAUUGUUUGUGGCCGGUAUAUUUAGUGCCUCAUUAUCUACCAUAUCUGCAGCUCUUAACAGUUUGGCAGCUAUUACAGUUGAAGAUUAUAUCAAACCUCUAUAUUUUUCAAUGCGCAAAAUCCAUUUAACCGAAACAGUGGUAGCUGUUCAACUCAAAGUGAUAUCACUUAUUUUUGGUGGAAUAUGUUUAGCAGUAGCAUUUUUAGCUCAAUUCUUGGGUGGUCUUCUGCAAGCUGCCUUAACAAUUUUCGGUGUAGUGGGUGGGCCACUUCUUGGUUUAUUUUCAUUAGGAAUGUUUACAACAGUCGCUAACGAAACAGGAUCAGUAUGUGGUUUGGUAGCUGGAGUUGGUUUCGCAUUAUGGAUGGCUCUUGGUGCAAAACCUGCAGUUCCUCUACCUAGAAGUAUACAAGGCUGUGAAAAUGCUGAUGCUUUACUUAAUGCCACUUUAAUUGCUGUUUCAAAAAAACCUGAAAAGACUUACUUAUGGAUACAUCGAGUGUCGUAUUUAUACAACGGCGUAUUUGGACUGGUAAUUACAUUCGUAAUUGGAAUCGUUCUCAGUUUUGUAAUCAACAGAUAUUCAACACAAACUAAAAUUCACGAUCCAAAUUUGUUCAUACCGCCAUUAGCUAGAAAAUUAAGGAAAAAAUAUGGGGAAACUAUCAAUCUUGCUAAUAUGGAUCUUGCCGUAUCGAAUUCUAGAGAAUAUUUAAAAAACGGCCAUAAAGCCGAGUUUAUAUAGUUAAAUAUUUUGAUGAUUUUAAUUUUUAGGUUGUAUAGACGGAAUCAAAAGAAAUUAGUUGGUUUUUAAGUUUCUUAUUGGCUUUUCGGCAACUAUGUAUCGGGUUAAUAACUGAUAAUUUCACAAAAAUUAUUUAUAUAUUUGAAUAAACAGGGACCGAAUUUAGGGCAGCUAUAGCCUUCACAAAAGAAGCUCCCCUACUAUUGAUAUUUUAAAAAAUCUCUCAAAUCUAAAAUUUUUUCACUAAAAAAAUCUUGAAAGGUUCAGUUGGUUGAUACUAAAAUUUAGUUCCAGAUAAUUCUCGUUCUCUAUUAUAUUUUGUUGAAUUAUAACAGAAUCUUUUUGGUUCCACUUAUUCCUUUCCAUUUAUUGAAAAAAAUAUUCGGAGAGAGGAAGUUUCCUUCCUUUGCUCCUCCAAAGCUUCCAUAAACCUAAAUCUGUAAACUAAUCCACUUCGUUGUUGUUCAACAUAAGUUGGGUUGCGAGGGUUGCCUUUUAAGUUUCUACAAUCGAGCAAUAGGUGGCGCUACUGUAUUUGUGAACAUUGACGUUUGUUAUUGCGAAGCAAGUUAGUUGUUGAUAGUUAACGUUUGGAAGAAAUAAAUUUGUGUAAAAAUGGAAAUCACCCGUGAAAGCUUAUGUUGGAUGAUUUUUUAUAAUUUUUAAAAAGGUUUUUUUCAAAAACAAUGAGAAUAGCUUCGUAUAACUUUUGAUAAUGAAACAUCAUCAGAGAAGACCGUUUACAAUUGGUUUGCAAAUUUUGUGACUUAUAGGCAGAUAGAGGCAUCUCUUAUGAUAUCUCAGACUGCAAUACAAUCAAUUUUACUCAAACAUUUAGUUGUGAGAAGAUAUUAUCCAGAUAGAUUCUGCAUCCCAGCUCCCAUAGAUCAAGUCAAAUAGUAUUCAAAGGAGAGAAACAUCGAAUUAAUUUCUCAUUACCUAUAUUCACCCGAUUUAUCGCCUAAUGACUUUUUCUUCUUUCCCAAUGUCAAACAAAAGAUAAGGGGACAGCGAUUUUCAUCGUCUCAAGCGUUAAAGUUAAAGACUUUCAAAAGCAUGUUUCUAUGAUAUUUGCUUCAGAGGAGAAAAAUAUUUCCAGAAUCAACUUGAGCGUAUGCAAAAGUGUAGACCUCAUGGGCGAAUAUUUCGAAAAGCAAUAAAACAUUUCAUUUCGAACUCGAUCGUUUCCGUUUUACUUUUUAUAAAAUGUUAAAAGGCCACCCUCGUAUUAGAAGCUGUGAGGAUAAGUCAUAUCAAUACUAGAGAGACUAUUUAUCAACAGAAACAUCAAAAUAGAAAGCAAAUAGAAAUGCAAAAGUGAAAGCAAGAGAACACGAACUACAUAUAUAUAAAUAAAAUACUAAAAAUAUAAUAAUAAUUGGGAAUUCGCAAAUACCUACAAGCCAUGUAUCAAUAAAAAAAGUGGAUAAUGAAAACGAAUACUGUUGUGUCAAAAUAACCCAAUUUCAAUAUUUGGGAGUAACAAUUACAAAUAAAAAUAAAGAGAAUCAAAAGGGGUAAAAAAAUUAGGUAGGGAAUCAACGCCAUAAAAGCAGUGUUAAAUUCCAAAAUAUUAUCAAGACCAGCGAAAACUAGAGUUUCUAAAACAGUUAUUUGUCCAACUGCUUCGAACUAUGGAUAUUAUCCACUGCAAGAGUGGGAGGGGAAAAUACUGAGAAAAAUCUUUGGACGAAUUUAAUCUGAUGAAAGGUACUGGAGAAGGAGAACAGAUAAAGAAAUAUUGGUCGUUUACGAUCAACCAUCAAUUACCCAGGUAUUUAGGGCGCACGUAAUUUAUUUCUACACUUAAAUUAAACCAAUAAUCUUUUACUAAACUAUUCACUAACACCUUGUAUAUAAUUUAUUUAUAUUCGCCGUUUUAUGACUUAGAAUUAUUUUCUAACUGCUACAGCUGCUAGAGCCUCAUUUAUAUUCACUAAAUACAAGGGCAUUGAUCUUAUUAACAUUCAUGACGUCCCGGAUAUUCAGUAUGAUCCGUGUUUUAAAAGCAGUAAACUAAUUACUAAUCAUUCCUUGUUACUGAGCACUUCCCGGAUAAUAUUUACCAAACUUUUUCUUGGUUUCUUGAAUUAUAAGAUAUAAUUUUCAAUUCAUGAAACAACGAAAACAGUUUUUUAUAGGAUUAUUAAAAUUAAAAUAUCUGUCAAAUUAUGCGAAAUUUUGACGGAUGACAUCAGAAACAUGACGAAAGCUAACAAUGAAUUCAUAUAUGUAAUACUUCUAUAUGGACAGUUUCUAUAAGGUGAAGAUGUUCUGACUAAGGAAGACAGAAUGGCAACGAUUUCUCUAUCCCCCAAGGUUCUAACUUGGUUCUUCUCAUUCUCAAGCAUGCGCAGUAUAGAUAAAGUGUCUCGAACGAGAGAGAAAAUGAAUAUUGUCGAUAUCGUAACGUAGGGACGUUUUUUCCCAUACCAACUGCCCCUAUGGGAGUAUUACAUAUAUGAAUGAAUAUACGAAAGGAGUAUUGUUCCUUGAACUACAGUCGUAUAAAUAUUAAAAAUCAUGAAAAAAUUAACUCACGAACCUAAAAUCAUGAAAAUAAAAGUUUCUGUAGAUUAAGUUUUAAACUUAGAAGAUAAACGAUAAAAGAAAGCGACGUUCGGAAACUGAGCAAUAUUUUGUUUUAGGUUAGGAUUCGCGAUCAACUGAUAGUUGAUCUAACUGAUCCAAAAUUAUAGUUCUCGAAAAACCUUUAAGACAUAAGUUAUACCUUUAUUAUUAUACCUAUAAUUAUUUGAAAAUAAUUAUAAUCUUGUACUUAUUUGGACUAUUUUGUGUACUUAGAAUGUACUAAAAUUUUUUAUAUCACUAUUAAAAUACUUAAUAGGAUCUGAAAAGAUCAAAUAUUUUUUUUCGAAUUAAAGAAAGAAUUCCAUAUUAUUGGUUACAUUUUAAAAAAUGCUGAACACGUUGAUUCCUACCACUAUACCAAUAAUUACACUAUCUGGUUUGUCGAGUCUCGUUCAUACCGGCUCGAAGCACCAGACAAUCUAUUUGUUACUGUUGUUGUAGUGAUUACUAUGUUCAGUAUGUUAUAUAGCUGAUACACUUACUUCAUUGUUAUUUUGGCUCAAAGUUACAGAUAUUUAUUUAUACUUAUUAUAUAAAUUCAUUUAAAAAACAUUCUUUGUCUAAAAAUUUCAAAAAAUUCAGAAAUUUAUAAUAAUAUACUGUGUUCAGUAUAUACAGGGUACUUUUAAACAAAGAUUGCUGGCAAAGUUCAUUAACAUCUGUGAUGUGUGAAGUUUAAAAUAGAAGCUUUGUAAAAAUCCAGAGGAUCUUGUUCGGUUGACGUCAAGGGCCUUGGAUGUGGAGGUUGUUAUGUAAAAACUGUGGAUGGUCCACAUACGGUUUUACAUCAUGAAAGAGGUAAUUUCAUUAUGAAGGUCAUUUUCUAUAAAAUACCCCACCGGUAACCGAAAAAAAAUGGCCCUAAUAAACAAUCGUCGAUAAUUCUAUGACGUGGUAUGAAUUUUUAUCGAAAUGGACAUUAUUAGCCUAAUCAUAAAAUUUAGGCCUGUCUGACAAUUUAACACCAUUGGAUUUCUUAUCCCCACAACUUCGUUGUCCAAAUUUUCAACCAAAUCGCAGAAUAAAAUUUCACAACCCCCCAGCCAAGUUGCAUCAAAUUGAAGCACUGUAGAUCCAGAUUCCAGUGCCAAAAUUGUCCCUAGAGUUAAAAAUUGAAUCUAUUUCUAUGAUCCUAAAGAAAACCUUUCAGUUGAAGAUUGUUAUUAAAAACAAUUCACACCUCAUUAAUGAAAAAAUAACAUAUGAAGGGCACAGGGGAAAAACGGCGAUAGUCCAUCCGGACGAAUUUGGAGAAUAUCGAACAUAUGGGUUUACUAACUCGUUAGAAAGUAAAA